AUGCCAUUCAUAUUCAAAGAUGUAAAUGAGUCAGACCAUCAAAUGAAAAGGGAUAAAGAAAAGAGCAAAUCUAGCUCAAUAUCAAGGGUUAAGACUCCUACAAGGGACAUGCAUAAACAAGACAUUACAUUGGACUUGUCAUCUACGCCAAAUGCACGUGGGACACAAGGGGCUCCCACAGAUACUCCUCAACAAUCACUCAUGGACCCAAGAGCAAGUGACCAAGUCAAGGAAGCCCAAUACGCCACGAAAAUCAGUAUCAAGGACUCAACAGAACAGACAGGACCCAAAAACAAAGGAACAGAGCUAUCUGUCAAACAGCUGACCUUGGUGAACCGCCUGAGUUCAGACUGGAAGUACUUGGACCGGGAAGAAGGGUGGAAUGACAUCUCACCACAUGGGCCAAGCCAUCAAGGGCCAAGAGUACUGCUGAUUGGUGCACCAGGAAGCCUGUGGAACAAGCUAAAGGAGGGUCAGUCACCAGUUGUUUGUUUGCAAACUUCAUCAAGGGUUGUGGAGCAACCUUUGGCCGAAGGGAAUACAAGUUACGGAGUGAUUUGGAUUCUCAAAGGCACCUUGCAAUCAAGGCUUUACAAUCCUUGCAUUGUACCUAUCAUUGUUUUAGUCAAAAGGCACGAUCAAGGCCUCUGUUCACCAUCAUCAGAAAAACAAGAACUCAGUUCUUUAACAUUCCUCGCCCUUGAUUACGCAUCAACAUGGUAUCAGAGCCCAGCCACGAAUUGGGCAAAGGUAGCACAUAUUGACAUUCUGAGGAAAGAGGUUUCAUUGUUUCUGGACACCAACACACACGAAUUCUCUGGAUUUGUUGUUCUUGCAUUUUCGAUUUCCGCACUCAUUUCAUCAAUAUUUUUUGUCGUGCAUUACUGGAUCGACAAUCAACAGGAUAGAACAUCAAACCCUAAUUUGCGACCCUACGAGGAUAGAACUGUUAAAAUUGAUAUCCCUGAAUUCGAUGGACAUUCCUAUGACCCUGGGAAAUAUCUUGAAUGGGAAGAUCGAAUAGAUAACUACUUUGAAUUCAAAAACACACCCCCAGAUCAACAGUACAAAUUAGCCAAGGUGAAAUUGAUUAAAUCAGCUGCUAUUUGGCUUGAAGGAGUGCAGAAGCGUAGAGUCAGGGAAGAGAGGGGUAGGAUUAACUCUUGGACCAAGUUAAAGAAACAUAUAAGAAGGAAAUAUGUUCCAACUACAUACAAGCAGCAGCAAUAUGUUCAAUUUAGUGCUUUAACCCAAGGGAGUAAGUCUGUGCAGGAGUACAUCCAUGAAUGGAAUAGGCUAAGUGUUCUUUGUGACAUUAAUGACCCCGAGGAGUUGAGAGUGAGCAAGUUCAUAGCAGGACUGAGGGAGAACAUUAGGCAUCAACUGAUGAUCACACCUGACUUGACUGUGCAUUCAGCAGGGCUGCAAGCCAUUAAGCUUGAGAGGUUUGCCAACAGAUUCACCUAUACACCAAAGCAAACCAGUAGAACCUAUGCCCCUAGGAAUCCAAACACUACCACUGCACCUAAGAAAGACACUCAGAACAGUGGACAAAGAACCAACACAGUGAGGGGAGACCCACCUGCAAACCCAAAGGAUGUAGUUUGUUUCAAAUGCAAUGGGAGAGGGCACUAUAAGAGGGAUUGUCCUAAUGCUAGGGCCUUCACUAUGAGAGAGAAUGGUCAGGAAGAAGAGAUUUACCCCCCAACUUUGAGUGAUGAUGAUGGCACCUAUAUAGAGGAUGAAGAAGGGAAUAGACACAGAUUUGAGGGAGACACAGAGGAGGAGGAAGAUGAGGAUCUGGAAAGGGUUUUGCUUGAGGAAGGGCACCUUAGUUUAGUCAUUAGGAGGAGUUUCCACACCACAGCCUUAGCUAAAAGGUCUGACCAAAGAGAAAAUAUAUUCCAAACAAAGUGCAAAAUACAGGGGAAGGUAUGUGACCUCAUCAUUGACAGUGGGGGUGAGUCCAAUUGUGUGAGCAAACAGUUGGUGAAUGAGCUGAACCUUGAUAUCAAACCCCACCCUCACCCCUAUAAGUUGAAGUGGUUAGACAACAAGGCUAGUGGAACAGUGAGCAAACAAUGCUUAGUAAGCUUGACUUUGGGGACAUAUACUGAUGAGGUGAUGUGUGAUGUUUUAGAGAUGGAUGCUUGCCACCUAUUGCUAGGUAGACCUUGGCAAUAUGACAAGAAGACCACCCACAAUGGUUAUACCAACACAUACACCCUUAAGCAUAAUGGGAAAAGAAAGGAGCUGGUACCCCUGCCCCCACAUAAAGUUGUUCCCCCUAAACCAUCCAAGGCACCCUUACACUUGAUAACCAGAAGAGAGUGUGAGAGAGAGAUUGAAAAGGGAAACGAGAUGUAUAUUCUGAUCACUAAGGAAGUGCAAGACACUACACCCAUACCCCCUGAAUUACAGAGUCUAUUGGAGCAGUAUAGUGAUGUUUUUCCAAACGACCUACCACCUGGUCUACCUCCUGUGAGGGGUGUUGAGCACCAAAUAGACUUAGUCCUAAGAGCCAGCUUGCCUAACAAGCCUGCCUAUAGAUCCAACCCUAAGGAAACUAAGGAAUUACAAAGGCAAGUGGAUGAGUUAAUGCAAAGAGGAUAUGUUAGGGAAAGCUUAAGCCCCUGUGCUGUGCCUACCCUGUUAGUGCCAAAGAAAGAUGGCACAUGGAGGAUGUGCAUAGACAGCCGUAGCAUGAACAAUAUAACCAUCAAGUAUAGGUUCCCUAUACCACGAAUUGAUGAUAUCCUGGAUGAAUUAGGAGGCUCAGAAUGGUUUAGCAAAGUGGAUCUCAGAAGUGGAUAUCACCAAAUACGUAUGAAACAGGGGGAUGAAUGGAAAACUACAUUCAAGACCAAGUAUGGGCAGUAUGAGUGGCUUGUGAUGCCCUUUGGCUUGACUGGAGCCCCCAGCACUUUCAUGAGGCUGAUGAAUGAGGUGCUUAGACCCUUCUUAGGAAAAUUCAUAGUGGUUUACUUAGAUGACAUACUUGUUUACAGCAAGGGAAUAACAGAACACUUAAGCCACCUCCAACAAUUAUUUGAAAUGCUGAGAAAACAGAGGCUUUAUGCUAAGCUUGAGAAAUGUAGUUUUCUCCUACAUGAAGUGAGUUUCCUAGGCUAUAUUAUAGGGAAGGAAGGAGUGAGGGUUGAUCCUGCUAAGGUCCAAGCCAUACAAGAGUUAACCCACACCCACCACCCUCACACAGGUGAGAUCAUUUCAUGGUUUAGCCUCCUUCUACAGAAGGGGAGGUUUGAAUGGACCCAUGUUGCUCAAAGGGCUUUUGAAACCCUCAAGGAGAUGAUGUGUAAGGCACCCAUCUUAAAGCUACCUGACUUUACCAAGCCAUUUGAGUUGGAAUGUGAUGCUAGUGGGGUAGGAAUUGGGGCUUGA